GCUCAAAUUCCGGAAUUUGCGCAACUUGGACCUUUGUUCCACUCAUCCGCACGCGUGGCUCUUACCGAUGAAGUCACCGAAUAUACUGUCCAUGCUAUCAAGCACAUCUUUACCAAUCAUGUAGUUAUCCAGCUGGAUUGUAAAAACACAUUAAAUGACCAGCUGCUGGAAAAUGUAUUUGUGGAAUUGGAAGAUCCCGAUGGGGAGUGGUCCGUGGAUCACACAAUUCCUAUUGAUAUUUUGCCAUACAAUGAGGUGAAACCUACGUAUGUGCUGAUGGAGUUCCCGGAAUCAGGUUCUGUGACGGGAUCUUUUGGGGCGACGUUGAAAUUCAACGUGAAAGAUGUGGAUCCAGCGACCGGAGAACCAGAGUCGGACGACACCUAUGAGGACUGCUAUGUGCUGGAGGAGCUAGAGCUGUCUGUUGGUGACUUGGUAGCUCCGGUGAUCAAGCAAAACUUCAUGGUU